GGGACGUCUGUUGUUAUGACGGCAGCCAGGAGCCACGUGGAAGUGAUGCUGUGGAAUGGAGGAGUGGGGGUGGAUUGGUUGAGCGGUGGAGUAGGGGAAAGUUCCCCGACAGUGGAACGCGGCGCGCUGAUCCGUCAGUUUCAGUUUGUUGCCAGUUCGCCCAUCGUGAUGUCGUCCUGUAGUCGUUUAUUGGUUUGCGCGUUCGCGCUGAUCGCCGCGGUCAGCACUCAACAGCAGGCCGCCCCGGACUCGGGCUCCACGACCACGCCACAGACCAACACGGCUGCCAACGGACUGAAAACGGUCGUCGAAUAUGUGCCUGAGGUGUGCAACAGCAAGAGCAAGUCAGGCGAUAUGCUCACCAUGCACUACACCGGAACACUGCAAGACGGAACCAAGUUUGACUCAAGCCAUGACAGAGAUCAGCCGUUCACAUUCCAGCUGGGCGUCGGUCAGGUGAUCAAGGGGUGGGACCAGGGUCUGCUGGAGAUGUGCGUCGGAGAGAAGAGGAAACUCGUCAUCCCACCUGAGCUCGCCUACGGUGACAGGGGAGCCGGCAACGUCAUUCCAGGAGGCGCAACGCUGACAUUCGACGUGGAACUGAUCAACAUCGGCGACUCGCCACCGACGACGAACGUGUUCAAGGAGAUUGACGCCGACGCCGACAAGCAGCUGUCGCGCGAGGAGGUGAGCGAGUACCUGAAGAAGCAGAUGGUGGCCGCCGGCGAGGGAACCGACGCCGCCGAUGAGGUCAAGCAGAUGCUCGAGGAUCACGACCGACUCGUCGAGGAGAUCUUCCAGCACGAGGACAAGGACAAGAACGGAUACAUCUCGCACGACGAGUUCUCCGGGCCCAAGCACGACGAGUUAUGAGCGUCGGCACACUCACUCAUUCGCCAAACAUUCCAAAUCAGGGACAAACGCUGAUAUAACAUAGUUUCGAGAGGGUGGUGACUUUUGUACAUUUUCUAAAUUAUUAUCUAAAUUGAAACGAGACAAGCACGUGAGAAUUCUUGAGCAACGGUUAAAGACAAGAGUGAAAUCGCACAUCAAACUCUUCCACUAGUUCUAGCCUCAUCGUCCUUAUCUAGAAUCUUGAUUAGACAACUAAUUUACUGUAACUUACUAUGUUUCAAAUCCACAUAAAAAUAUUUGUUUGUGUUUAUCAUCAUAUUCAACUGCAAGACCAACGCACACAGCAGCUGACAAUAGUAUGCAGACUUAGUACGUGUCGGUGUAGGUUGCAAGAUUUGGUAACUGAAGGAGGAAUUUUCCCUCGUCUGUCUGCAUAAGUCCGUUUGUUGGUGUGUGCAAUGGUCCGUAGGAAGAGCGGAAUAGGCUACAUCUAAGUAAUUAGAAUACCUAAUAUCCUAGAAUAUUCUACGUACCUUGGGCUACAUCAACUGUUUGAGACGAGACUGGGGGAUUGCAUGUGAAGCUAUUUUACUCAAGUGCAUUGACUUAUAAAAGUUUGUGAAAGCAGCUAGCUAGAAUCCUAGACUGUGUGACGCUUCUUGAAGCGAUUCUAGCAUUUUAGGAGCAACAUUAGUUCGUAAUUUGGAGUCAUGUUGAUUUCAUUUUUGAAAUCAAGCUUUCCUGACUAAUAUAAUCUAAAAUUCAGGAGUUUUUGUGUAAAUCGAUCAGCUGAAAAUUACAUCCUAGUAUGUUAUUGUGUUAGGAAUAGUAAAACGCAUUUUCAUGACAGGAUUGAAGGAAAUUUCACAUGUGCUCUUCCAUUAUCUAGCACUUACCUCAACGUUUACAAUAAAGUUUUGUUGCAAUGAAUAAAUUCGUCUUUCUGUAAGUCGUCCUCUGUAAAAUGUAUUGGGUACCAUCUUAUUAUUGUCUUUGUUUCUAAGUAGAAAAAAUGUAUGCAAUCCUCCAGUAAUUUCUCUCGUCAUUAAUUGAAUAAGGAGCAUCAAGCUGUUUGCAUCUAGCCACUAGCCUUCAUGUAAAAAUGUAACAUGCCAUUUAAACUUAUUUAAAUCGGCAUCCAACUGUCGAAAAUGUUUUCUCCAAGUUUCUUGGAAGCGAAGAUAGGUGAAUUGAAAAGGAAAUAAGGCUUGAAAGUCUCAUUAAUCGAAAAACACUGCCAUAAAAAGAUGUCCAUUGUCCAAUGGUCGACGAAUCACGUUUCCUCAAUGGAAUUUAUCACUCGGAGCUUCGUGUAUUUCACUUGUUGGAGCCACAAUAGUAUGAUUUCAAAUCAUGGAAAUUAACCUUUAAAAUUUUCUUACAGAUUGUCUUUUCAUAUAUUCAAUUCCACUCAUCCUCAAAAAAUAUUUUAUUAUUCUUCGAUGAAAAUCAGCUAGAAAAUGUUCAAUCAUCAAUUUAGAAAAGGAGAUCAAAAAGUGUCUUGAAUGAAUGGAGAAUAAUAUUCCAACUUACAUUGGAAGCAUACAUAUCAUGUAAAGAUUAAGCUUAAAUCUUAUGUUUGAUUACAAUUUGUACAUUUCUGAUAAUGAACAACAAAAUUAUAAAAAAUAACUAGAUUGUGGUUUGUAUACAAAUGUUACGUUUGUUUUAUUUAUUCAAGAAGUUCUAUUACUGUUUUCUGAUUUCUUAUGUAUAAAGUGUGUGCUUAAAAAUUGUUUGAAAAUUCUGUUUUUAUCUGUUGGUGUAAAUGAGUAAAUUUUUAAAGACUGUUCCUGUAUUAAAACAAUGCUUUUUGUACAUUGAAACCUUGCGAGUAAAAUACAGCACUUACAUUUAAGGGUACAUUUAGUUUCUAUUGAUAAAUAAUUGUAAGUCUCGUGAGAGACAAUUUUGUUGUUGACGAUAGAAACUGGUUUAAUAAAUAUUUGUUAUAAAAA